UGCAUACUCAUUCAAUACGUCAUAACGCGACCGGGACGUGCCUGUCUCUUGCCCCGGAUGUGUUUGUGAGCUUCGUGUUUCUGCAGAGACAGAAAGGAGAUGCCUCUGCCCGUGCAGGUCUUUAACUUUCAGGGGGCUGGGGAGCCCAUGCAGAUAGAUGCUGAUCCACAAGAAGACCAGCAUAAUGCAUCUGACACCAAUUAUGUUGUGGAAAAUCCAACUCUGGAUCUGGAGCAGUAUGCCUCCAGCUACAGCGGUCUGAUGAGGAUCGAGAGACUACAGUUCAUUGCAGACCACUGUCCCCAACUCCGUGUCGAAGCCCUCAAGAUGGCUCUGUCCUUUGUCCAAAGAACCUUCAACGUUGACGUCUACGAGGAAAUCCACCGGAAGCUCACUGAAGCCACUAGGGAAGUGCAGGGGGCCGCAGAUGUCGCUGCAGAGAGUGGGGUGGAGCCCCCUCCUCUCGACACAGCCUGGGCAGAGUCCACCAGGAAAAAGGCUCUGCUCAAACUGGAGAAGUUGGACACUGACCUGAAAAACUACAAGGGAAACUCCAUCAAGGAGAGUAUAAGGAGGGGUCACGAUGACCUUGGAGAUCAUUAUUUAGACUGCGGUGACCUCAGCAAUGCCCUGAAGUGUUACUCCCGUGCCCGAGACUACUGCACUAGCGCCAAGCAUGUCAUCAAUAUGUGUCUUAACGUAAUCAAGGUUAGCGUUUACCUCCAGAACUGGUCUCAUGUACUCAGUUACGUCAGCAAGGCAGAAUCCACUCCAGAGAUCGCGGAGCAACGAGGAGAGCGAGAUAGUCAAAACCAAGGAGUCCUCACCAAAUUAAAAUGUGCUGCAGGCCUGGCAGAGCUAGCCUCUCGAAAGUACAAACAGGCAGCAAAGUGCUUCCUGCUGGCCUCGUUCGACCACUGCGACUUCCCUGAGCUUCUCUCCCCUAGUAAUGUAGCUGUGUAUGGAGGAAUGUGUGCGCUGGCUACUUUCGACCGACAGGAACUGCAGCGGAAUGUCAUUUCCAGCAGCUCCUUUAAAUUAUUUUUAGAAUUGGAGCCUCAAGUCCGUGACAUUAUCUUCAAGUUUUACGAGUCAAAGUAUGCUUCCUGCCUGAAAAUGCUGGAUGAGAUAAAGGAUAACCUUCUCCUAGACAUGUACCUGGCCCCACACGUAAGGACACUGUACACACAAAUCAGGAACAGGGCUCUCAUACAGUACUUCAGCCCCUAUGUGUCAGCGGACAUGAACAGGAUGGCCAUGGCCUUCAACACCACGGUGGGGGCUCUGGAGGACGAGCUGACGCAGCUGAUCCUGGAGGGGCUGAUCAAUGGCCGCAUCGACUCCCACAGCAAGAUUCUGUAUGCCAGAGACGUGGAUCAGCGGAGCACGACGUUUGAGAAGUCUCUACAGAUGGGCAAAGAGUUCCAGAGACGAGCCAAAGCCAUGAUCCUGAGAGCCGCGGUGCUGCGUAACCAGAUACACGUCAAGUCCCCUCCAAGAGAAGGUAGCCAAGGGGAGCUCACAACUGCCAAUAGCCAAACACGAAUGAACACCAACAUGUGAAGACUAUCGUCCAGAAGCCUCUAGUAGGAAAGUCAGUGGGGGGGCCUGUGGAUCUCCCCUCCCCCACUUGCUACGGCACUCUCAAACAUCACUUCAACUUCCCCGCUGAUGGACACAACAUCACAAAAGUAAAGACUUUAUUUAAGUGGGAGAUGGAGAUGCCUGUUAUCUAGAUUAAGGACAAAAACAGCCUGUUGCUCAAAUGAAAAGAAACCUUAAAAAAAGAGAAAUACAGCGCUUAAGCUGCCCUGUCCUGUUUUCCUUUGUAAAACAUGCACUUUUCUUUCUAUAUUGUGACAAACCUUGAAUACACAUUGACAAACCUCACAGCUGAAGUCCACCAUACAAACUGAUUUUAAAAUAAAUAUACAUGAAAACGUC